AACUAGGUAAAAAGUGCCCAUCCCAGGAAAGCUUGCACAAGAGUGGCUGGUUGCAGCUUGUUCCGUUGCAUUCAUCAGCUCCAGCCUGGGUAUUAGCUCGUGUUGCCCUGCCCGGCGGCGAAGGUGAGCAGAGAAGAGGUGGUGCAAGCAGCUCUGCUGAGUGACGCGCGCCGCUUGGAGUUUAUGGAGCUUGUUCGAUAACGCGGAGGGGCGGGAGGCACCGCAAGCUCGUCACUUUAUAAACCCCCCCACUGCUCCCAAGAGGACAGCGACAGCAGUAAGCAUUCUAUCCGAUCUGUAGUGAGGGUUAGGUGCAGAGUUUUACACGCACAACCACUGAUCAGCAUGUUCUCCUUUGGCACACCAGUGUUUAUGUGCACGCUUUUCUUGUUGCUGUUGAACUGGACUUAUUUAUCUGCGUUCAACCUGGACACCGAGAAUAUUAUGAGGAAGACCGGAGAUUCUGGGAGUCUGUUCGGAUUUUCAUUAGCUAUGCACCAGCAGUUAAACCCUGACAAUAGGAUAUUACUGGUUGGUGCUCCACGAGCUAAAGCAUUAGCACGUCAAAAGGCCAAUAUAACUGGAGGCUUGUAUAGCUGUAGUAUGUCACAAUCGGACAAGUGUGUUCGUGUGGAGUUUGACAAUGAUGCUGAUCUAAGUAAAGAAAGCAAAGAAAACCAGUGGAUGGGUGUUACCGUAAACAGUCAGGGACCAGGUGGAAAGGUUGUGACUUGUGCACAUCGAUAUGAAAAGAGAUUAUUCAUGAAUACAGUCCAAGAAUCAAGAGAUAUCAUUGGACGAUGUUAUGUGCUGAGUCAAGAUCUUACUGUAAAAGAUGAUAUGGAUGGUGGAGACUGGCGAUUUUGUGAUGGACGAUUGCGGGGUCAUGAGAAGUUUGGUUCUUGCCAACAAGGUGUAGCUGCUACAUUUACUAGAGACUAUCAUUACAUCAUGUUUGGAGCACCAGGCACCUACAACUGGAAAGGGGUGGUACGUGUUGAGCAGAAAAAUCAAACAUUUUAUGAAAUGGAUAUCUUUGAUGAUGGGCCAUAUGAAGUUGGUGAUGAAAGUCAGCGAGAUGAGACUCUAGUUCCUGUGCCAGCUAACAGUUAUUUAGGUUUCUCUUUAGACUCUGGGAGGGGGAUAACAUCAAUGGAAGGUAUGACGUUUGUCUCUGGGGCACCAAGAGCGAAUCAUAGUGGAGCAGUUGUUAUGCUGAAGAAAGAUGACCCAAACAGCAGAAGGCUUGUUCCAGAGUACAUACUUGAAGGAGAAGGAUUAGCAUCUUCUUUCGGAUAUGACAUAGCAGUAGUAGAUCUAAACAGUGAUCGUUGGCAAGAUAUUGUGGUAGGUGCACCACAAUAUUUUGAAAAAGGAGGUGAAAUUGGAGGAGCGGUAUAUAUUUACAUUAACAAUAAAGGCAAAUGGGACACAGUAAAACCAAUCCGUUUGAAUGGCGCAAAAGAUUCCAUGUUUGGCUUGUCUGUAGAAAACAUUGGAGACAUCAAUCAAGAUGGUUUCCCAGACAUUGCUGUAGGCGCACCCUAUGAUGACAACAUGGGCAAAGUUUACAUAUACCAUGGAUCUAGAGAUGGAAUCAAUAUGAAACCUGCACAGAUUAUUGAUGGGAAUUCCCUGGGUCGGAAGUUCUUUGGGUACUCUAUUGUGGGCAAUAUGGACCUGGAUUUAAAUACCUACCCUGACAUUGCAGUGGGAACCCUUUCAGAUUCUGUAUUCAUCUUUCGAUCAAGACCGGUUGUAAGCAUCAUAAAAAAGAUAAAGAACCUCCCUCCCAGUAUUGACCUAAACAAGAAAACGUGCGCAGAUGGCAGUGGGAUUUGCAUGAGCGUGGAGGCUUGCUUCUCUUAUAUAGCCAACCCCCCAGGCUAUAAUCCUUUAUUGACUGUUAUAUACACUUUCGAAGCAGAAACUGACAGAAAGAAUCUAGGUCUGCAGCCACGAGUUGUGUUUAUAGGUGGAUCAUCAGACAAAUAUGUAGGAGAACUGAAGUUAAAAGAACAAAACAAGGAAAUAUGUGUUAAAGCCAAUCUUAAACUGCAGGAAAACAUCCAAGACAAACUUCGGCCAAUACCAAUAACAGUUGGAGUUGAAAUUAAGAAGACUAGUCGAAAAAGGCGCCAGUCUGGUUCCCUUCCAGAUCUUUUUCCCGUCCUCAAUGCAAAUGAACCUAGUACUGUCCGUGCAGAUGUUAACUUUCUGAAAGAAGGCUGUGGGUUAGACAAUAUAUGCCAAAGCAACCUAAAGAUGCAGUACCAGCUUUGCACUGGGAGUAAAGAUAAGUUUGAGCCUCUACCAGAGAAAGAUGGUAUCCGUGUCCUUUAUUUGAAAGACCAGAAGAAUAUUGCAGUUAAUGUAACUGUUACAAACAUACCAUCCAAUCCAGGCAGCAAAGAUGGAGAUGAUGCACACGAGGCAAAACUGAUAGUAACAUUCCCAGAGACAUUGUCUUAUGCAUCUGUUCGUCAUUUGAAAUUAGUGGACAGGCCAAUACAGUGUGAUAUCAGACAGAAUGCUUCCCAAGCAGAAUGUGAACUGGGAAAUCCUUUUAAAAGGGGUUCAGAAGUUACCUUCUUAGUAGUUUUUGGCACCAGUAAUAUUUUUCUUGAGACCACAGAGCUCAACAUUACCCUAGCCUUGCAGACAACAAGUGAGCAGAAGGAUUUAACUCCAGUUACUGUGAGAGCCCUGGUGUUUAUUCAGUUACUUCUGUCAUUAUCUGGAGCUGCUAAGCCUUCCCAGGUAUACUUUGGUGGGUCAGUAACUGGAGAGAGUGGAAUGAAUAGUGAAGAUGAUAUUGGGUCCUUAAUAACUUAUGAGUUCCGGAUUAUUAAUUUGGGCAAGCCUCUUAAAACCCUGGAUGCUGUAGUUCUUGACAUUAAAUGGCCAAAGGAAAUAAAGAAUGGCAAAUGGCUGCUGUAUUUGAUGAAAAUAGAGUCAGAGGGAUUGGAAAAAUUAGAUUGUAGUCCAAAAUCUGACAUUAAUGCAUUGAACGUAAAGAAGUCCUCCGAAACCACAAGGAAAAAACGUCAAGCUGGAAGCAUGCAGUCUGAUGAUGGUAGAAAACUUUCCUAUGCUUCUGACAAAAGAAAAUACCUUACACUUGACUGUGAUGGUAUGGCUCGUUGUGUAAACAUUCAGUGUCCUUUGAGAGGUUUGGAUAGCAAUGCAGUUAUUUUCCUUCGAUCGAGACUUUGGAACGCCACUUUUUUGGAGGAAUAUGCAAAGUUGAACUACCUUGAUGUUAUUGUUAAGGCAUCCAUCAAUAUCGUGUCUAAUACCACAAAUAUUGGUGUUGCAGAUGCUGCUACCCAGGUGCGAUUGACCGUGUUUCCAGAAAAGCCAGUUGCUCAAUACGGUGGUGUGCCUUGGUGGAUUAUUUUUGUUGCAGUGUUGGCUGGAAUCCUGUUGUUGGCCUUGUUGGUGUUUUUGCUGUGGAAGUGUGGAUUUUUCAGACGAUCCCGGUACGAUGAUAAUGUUCCACGAUAUCAUGCUGUACGAAUCAGUAAAGAGGAACGCCACUUCAAAGACAAAAAAUCAAAAGACCCAUUUGAAAAAAAACAGUGGAUAACAUCGUGGGAAGAAAAUGAAAGCUACUCAUAGCAGCAAAUUUGGUCAUUAAAUUACUGGUUCUACAAACUCCAAUGCAUAUCCUCAUCACUGUGUAGAUAUCUCUGUUAAAGUUCUAUGCUUUACACAGUCAGAUGUGGAAUAACUUGAAUUUCUUGGCUUUUUUUUUUUUUAAUAAGUUCGGAAAACCUUUUUGGUUCAUUAUACACUGUGUUUCGUAUGUAUGUGGGUAUGCAUGUAUGUGAAAGUAUGUGUGCAGAUAAAAACGCCUGUGCUGGUGUUUCAGGCUUUUUCUUUUAUCCAAUUUGUUUUGUAGUUUGAAGUACCCAUUUAAACAAAAGUCACAAGCAUGCAGAGGCUGCACAUGUCAUGAUGAGAGGAGAAGCAUCUGUUAUGAAAUGAAUUACUUCAUAAUGGAUGAAUUUACUAGGAAUAUGCAGUUGAGGUACAAGAAAUUCUUAAAUUACAAUAGACGCCUGUAUUAUCAAUAUGCAGACAUAUACUUAGUAAACUCAGCAUCAUUUUUAAUUUUGAAAUGCUGUUUCACAAAACAGUUUUGCACCUAAUACAGGUUAUCAUUCCAUUCUGAAAUUGUUAUUUUAUGAAAGACCUGAUCCAAAAAAAUACAUCCCUGCUUUAAUGUACCAUGCAGAAGUUCACUUCCAUUAGCUUGAAAGUUGAAAAUAUUUAGUGUGGCCAUGCACCUUCAAAAAAAAAAAAAAAAAAAAAAAAGAGAUGAGAAAGAACAGAGGCCAUUGUCAAGCACAGAGCACAGCAUGUAAGAAAAUACAGUAGUUACAUCUGAGGUCUUCUUGCCACAGCCUGUGUAGCCUGCUUCUGAACAUAUUGGCUGUGUUUGGCAUCCUAAUUUUAUUUUUUUUUACUUGAGUAAACUUGGUAAGAGCCUCUAGGGAAAAAAAAAAACUUUUUUAACGAGUGACUUGGAAGCACAGGUUUCAUUAUAUGUGUUUCUCAGAAUUGUGCUUUGUGUAUGUGGAGGCCAAUGGGGUUGAACCCAGGACAUACCCACAGCCUUAUCCCUCUUUGCUGUGUAUACUGCCUGUGUGUGUAGAGGCCACUGUAUGUGUAUAUAGAGGUCCACAUUAGAAGCUAUGCAUAUACUCACACUCGCACAGAAGUACACAGGGUUUUUGGAUCAGGCCCUAAAUGUGCAAUAGAAAGGGAUUUGAGCAUUAAAUUGUUUUGUUAUUCCCUAUCCAUGCUUUUUCUGGAUUUGUAACACAUCUAAACAUUUGUAAAAUGAGGUUGAAAAUAGUUUCUACUUUUGUAUAUAUUUUAGUACAUGCUUUUAUUUAUUUUUUUCUAAAUACUCUACUAACAUUUAGGCCAAAGAACAAUGUCUUACUGAGGUGUAAGUUACAGAUGUAUUGUUGUGUGGGUUUACACUUUGUACUGUAUUAUUGAGGAAAAUAUCUUGAACAUGGAAAAGGCAAGGGGUAGUAUGAAUGGGGCAUCUUAAGAAUAAAUCUGCAGUUAUUUUUUUACUGUAGAAUUGGAAUGGAUAUAAUGUGGAAUUUUCCAUCCUCUACCUUUCAUUAUGCUCUUGUUAUGCAUUUUGGCUUCAUUAACAGGAAGGCAUGGCAUGAUGUAUGCCCUAGGAUGAUCUUCAAAGCUUUAUGUGCAGAUAUGAUUUAAUCAUCUUUCCAGAAGGGGGCGCUUCCACCAUGUAUUGACAGUUCCUCCUAAGCAAUCUACCCCACCGCAGAGGCUGUCACAAUGAUGACAUUUGAGAUAAUGAAAAGUCACACAAGAAUGGGUAGAUAUGAAAUGGAGUUAAAUUACCUCCGUUUUUUUAUCACAAUGUUCGUCCAUUAUAUGUCAUACUUCAGUUUCAGAUUUUCAGUUAGUGUGGAAAAAAACAGGAUCCUUUUUGGUCCUUAUGCUGCUCUUUGUAUUUUAUGGUAACAUUUGUAUUAGUAACACAGGUUAAUGGAGAGAUGUGGUAACUUGUCUGAUUCCACUGAGUCUUUAAGUGUAGAGUAAAAUGAGCUUUGCUGCUAUGUCUUCAAAGCCUUUGAACAGUAACAAAUAGUGCAGCAUAUGCAUAUUAAGCAUUCUUUCACAUACUCCACCUUGUGCAGUUUGUACUGCAGACCUAAUAAUUACUUGGUCUGUUUGCUAAAAAAUAAAAUCAGUUGGUGAUCUAAUGCCCACCUCCCCGAGUAUUACAUUUAGUAGUAAUAUUUAGUUCCAGAAUCCUUUGAAUGCAAACAACAUAGUGCUUAGGACCAGACCUUUCCAAAAACAGCAAUAAGGGGACAAUAUUUAAAACAUGGCGAGCAGUAAAGAUGUUGAUGUGAGUUUUUGUUUUAUAACAGUUCUGUUUUGUGACUUAACGUAUUCACAAAACAGAGCCCUGUAAAAUUCCUGGCAUGCAUAUUUUAAAAUCCUUUCAGGAUGAAACAUUAAUAGUUUAGAAACUGUUCCAGCCAUAGAGAACAAAACAUUUUGAGAGUUGGUGAAUACAUCAGGAGGAAAUAACUUAACACCAGUACUCUGGUUAUGUCUGCCUGAUAUAUUACAUCAGGGAAAAAGUGCAUGGAUUAGCUCUGAGCCAAAAGAAAAUCAAAAGCACUAUAGCACAGCACAACAC